ACCCUCCAUUGACCCUGACAGAUAUUAUGGCAGGCUACAGCCCUUACCAAGAAGAUCGAGUGUUGGUGCAUCGUGCCUUGUUGAACUGUCUUCGGAGGUCAAACUCUCCGGAGGACAGGAGAAGUUACCUUUGUAUCAUGGAGAACAUUGUCGCUCAGAAAACUGGGGUGCCGGUUUUUACACCUUUUUUUAACCUGCUACAAUCGUCUGCGGACGAGAUAACCAGAAAUUUAUCAUACGAAAUACAACAAAUCAAGAUGGAAGACCAGGUCGAGUUGUUGGUGUUGGAAAAUACUCCCCCAGACGAGGAAGGUGCGAUGGGAAAUAUGAUCCGUGAUGAAGAACCGAUUAAUAUAGUCGUCCAGAACGGCCGAUCAAGCAGUGAAUCUUCUGGCGAAGACGAUGACUUCAUUGAUCUCAGUGAACUUAUAAUGAACGAUUCUAUUAACAUUGUCAAUCCGAAAAAUGUGCCCGAAGCAGGUUUGACUGGAUUCGGUGUUACUACCCCAACAGAUAUAAGUUCUACAAAACAACCGUUGGAAAUAUUUCAGACUGGAAUCCCCGCAGUACCACCACCCAGUGCUGAUAUAUUGAGUCCCAUGAUGACUUUAUCCUUCAACAGUAAUAACAAUAUUAACACAAAUCCUCCACUUGAUCAUAUACCAGCUCCAAUCCCUGCUGUAAGCAGGCCCACUAAUAUCCCAAGCCCCAUGGCUGUGUCCCGACCACCUAUGGCGGUUAUAAUACCAGACAAUGUUAUGAUUAAUAACACGCUCCCUCUUAUUGAGAAUAUCCCAAUUGUAAUCCCUGCACUCAGCAGAUUGCCUAGCAGCACUAUGCCAGUAUCCCGGCCACCAAUGGCGGCUCCUGAUGAUGUCUUUGUUGACUCUCCUAUCAUUUCACCCGCUACAAGAGUUCCUGGUGAAGCCAACAUGGAUAUUUGUAACAGUGUUCCUCAAAUACCUAUCACGAUGGUGCGACCAAAAGGAUUCCUACCCUUUUCUACCACUUCCAUUCCCGACACGGAACUUCCUUCAAUCCCUAAUACAUCAGAUUAUGAGACAGUUGCCUUGCGCAAUACCCAGUCCACUAGUUCGGAGCGGAGGCUUCCUCGUCACGAAAGUUCGGAGCCUAGGCUUAACCGUCAUGACAGUUUGGAUCCUAGGCUUUUCCGUCACGAUAGUUCGGAUUCUAGGUCUUCUCGUCACGAUAGCUCAGAGCCCAAACUUUCCCGUCACAAUAGUUCGGACCCAAGGCUUUCUCUUCACGAUAGUUCGGACCCAAGGCUUUCUCGUCACAAUAGUUCUGAACCGUUCCUGUCUCGUCAGAGCACUGUAAGUUCCUCCGUGUUUUCUCGUCAAAACUCGGACUACGUAACAAAACCAUUACCACGUGCCGGGGCCAUCAGUUCUGACUACUCUAGUGGUGCUUCUCGUCAAAAUUCUACUGAACAAGUGCGAGAAAGCAGCAGAUCUUCAAGCAGCGAAGGUGCCACCAUUACUCAGCCUGAGACUCACAAGGGAUCCACGGUGUAUCGAUCUAAGCGCAUCACUCAUUUACAGUUGAUGGCAUUCCUAGAGAAUACCACCUUGAAAGCUGAACUGAAAGAGCUUGGAGCGUUUUACAUGAUUUCCGCGUGCGAGGAACCCAAGUACUACAAUAUUAGCCUCUCAGGUCCACCUCACAACAUUAACCAAAUAAGGCGCAUGUUCGACACGGUGGCCGACCCUGACGCCACCUCCAUCAUCACCCACGAGAUUCUGAGCGACGCAGAGGAACCAGGAAGCAUUGCUCUAGCCCUAGGAACCGGCCGCUACAUCUACCGUGUCUUGGAGCACUUGUUUCCUGACGUUGAUAUACAUACGAAAGGGGACAAGUUUGUUUUGAAGGGUAUGAAGGCACAUGUGUAUCAGGCUGCCCGGUGUAUAGAAUACUUUCUUGAGUCUCCCCGGAAACGCGUUGGAACGUUGUUCCACAUUCCUGAGGAGGAGAUUCAUGAUAUUGGUGAAAUUAGAGCAGAUGUUGGUAGAACUACUCGUUUUGCCAAAGGGAAAAUUGCCGAAAUGACGGAUGUGAAGACCCUAAAAACGUACAUCUUUUGUUUGGGAUUACCACAGUAUGAGAAUCAGUACCGAGUUAACACUUAUCUUAAUGACAAGUUCUAUAAUGCAAAGAAAAAGGAAUAGAUCGUGCGCUGAUGCAAUGUAAUGUAAGCUUCAGCACAACUCUUGUUGAUAAUGUUACCAAACUGACUAUGGCUGUUCAUGCUAUUGCUGAGUGUGUUCAAAUCACUGAUAUUUCUUAAUCGUACUGUCACAUUUUUAGUUUUUGUUUCUGUUUGAUAAUGAUUAUAAUGGUUUGUUUUGUUUUCUACUCAUCAUGUUUUGUAGCUUAAUUGUUUACAGGAGUUUUUACCUUUUGCUAUGUCAUUUGUAAUGUAUGCUUUCCACAUUUGUUCAAAAAUUUGUAUUGAUCGCGCGUUUUUAACUUUUCCUAUAUCGCAAAUAGGUGCAUUUGAAAAAUUAUCUCGAAUGGAGAUAUAUAAAAUAUUGAUUGAAUGAGUUUCCUGAAUCAAAU